GCUGGUGCUGCUGGUGCCGCUGGUCCUCCGCGGGGCCGCCCGGCUCGGGGCCGGCCCGGCCUGGGGCUGCCGGACAAAGUCAUCAUCCCUUUCCGACGGUGAUCCACUGAAGGAAAGGAGAGCCCAAAUCAUGGCUCGAGGACUUCCCAAACCGAAGCCAAUAAAAGGUGUUAAGCAAGUCAUACUGGUGGCUUCUGGAAAAGGGGGUGUUGGAAAGUCGACCACGGCAGUGAAUCUUGCCCUGGCGUUAACUGCAAAUGAUUCGUCAAAAACAGUUGGUUUGCUAGAUGCAGAUGUUUAUGGUCCUUCCAUUCCAAGGAUGAUGAAUUUGAGAGGCAACCCAGAAUUAUCAGAGAGCAAUUUAAUGAGACCUCUUUUGAACUAUGGCAUUGCAUGUAUGUCGAUGGGCUUCUUGGUUGAAGAGACUGCACCAGUCAUUUGGAGGGGGCUCAUGGUGAUGUCAGCAGUAGAGAAAUUGAUGAGGCAGGUGGACUGGGGUCACCUGGACUAUCUAGUCAUUGACAUGCCACCGGGAACAGGAGACGUGCAGUUGUCAAUCUCCCAAAACGUCCCAAUUUCAGGAGCUGUGAUCGUCUCGACGCCCCAGGACAUAGCUCUAAUGGAUGCCCAAAAAGGAGCUGAGAUGUUUCGGAAAGUCCACGUGCCCGUACUGGGCCUUGUCCAAAACAUGAGUGUUUUCCAGUGUCCCAAAUGUGAACACAAGACUCAUAUUUUUGGAGCUGAUGGGGCAAGGAAACUUGCAAAAAACUUGGGCCUUGAUGUUCUUGGAGACAUUCCAUUGCAUCUCUCCAUAAGGGAGACGUCAGAUUCAGGCCAGCCAAUUGUGCUUUCUCAGCCUCAGAGCGAAGAGGCCAAGGCUUAUCUGAGGAUCGCUUCGGAAGUGGUGAGGAGAUUGCCGCCUUCUGGGUGACCUCCCAAGGAUACGCCAGGAGAAUGGGUCAGGAAUGGCUCAUAAACUGACCUUUUUGAUGAUCAGCAGGCUACCCCGGCACUAAAGGACUGCCUCUCCAUCUGAUCAAAGCCACAAACCUCUGACCGGCCCAGCUCCCCUGUUUGAGAACUCAAGCCAAGCUCCCCUGUUCAUCUUUUAAACACUGCUCUUACAAUGAAAGGGAACAAAACAAGUCUUCAGCUUCUCAAUAUGUCGGUCAGCUGAAUAUCAACCAGAUAAUUAAAUAGCUCCGAAAGACUAGUCUGUAAAAGGGGGUGUCGUUUAAUGCAACAGCAGGGCCCUGAAAAGGAAAAAUAUGCUCAGAAUCUGCCCCACGUUUUUCCUGCAUUCUGUUCUGAUUAGUAACAUCAUAAAAAUACUUUUGAAAUUCCAGAGUUCAUCGUUUUCAUUCUACCUCUGUUAUACCCUAGAGCCCGUCUGGGAUGAUCCAGUGCAUAUUUCAGGUUAAUUUGACUCAUAGAACUGUUGUUGCCCAUAGUUGUCAUUUCUGAAAUCAGACAUCUGUUAACAAAGAUGGCUUUAGUUUCACUUUAUUUUAAUUAAAAGUUAUGGGGAGGAGAAAGAAAUGCCCUCUUUAUCCAUUCACAAUUCAAAAUGUCUUAUGGAAUAACAUGGGAGUUGCAGCUGUUGAAUUGUUGUUUAAACAUUAUUUCUUCCACUGGGCCUAAUGGAGUUAAUUAUGGAUCCUGCAGUUGUUUCUUUAUCGACUAUUCAAGCUGAAAACUAUACGGAGGCAUUGCAAGCUGCCUCAAGAGCAUGUCAUUAAGCUGUCUGUGUUGAUGGGGGUGAGGGGGUUUGAAUUAAGCAUAUUGCAAACCUCCCCUCCCUCCCCUGCCUUGCAAACAAGUUCCUUUUGACUUUGGCUUUUUCCCAGAGAUAAGUGGAUUCAGUGGCAGUGGCGAGGGUCUGCCCCACUGAAAGAAGGGACUGCAAGAAAAGCGUUUUCGUGACCCUGGGUUCUGGAAUUACAUUAACACGACUCCCGUGGUGGGUCCAACCAUUCUGUUUCCAGUGGAAGAGAAGCCAAUAUGCUGUCUGGACUGGCAUUUCAGAUGAAUCACUGUGCUUAAUUGCAGCUGCCAAAGCUCAAGCCAGUGAAAGAGAGUGGGGUUGGACUGGUUUCUGCAGACAAAAUGCAAAGUUUGUUUUUUGGGCCUGUUGAUGUUCCUGGUCUCUGGCGGUCAGUACAGCCACCCUUGCAAUACAGAAGGGAGUGAGGAACUGCCCUCCAAUUCUAAACAGGACAGAACUUUCUGUACCCUAUCAAGAAACCAGAAACUCUCUUUGCCAUGUUUUACUUAUAGCCUAAUAUAAGCUUAUAGACUUGCUUAUAGUAUAAACUAAAUUGAGGAAGAUUGAGAUGACUGUGCCAUCUUUAUACUCAUUUGCAGCCCCUGUCUGUAAUUCAUUUUAAUGUCUAUCUCCCCCCUGGACAAUAAGCUCUUUAUGGUCAGGGAACAUGUCUACCAACUCUGUUGUACUCUCCCAAGUGCUUUGUAUAGGGCUCUGUACGCAAUAAGCAUUUGCUAAAUACCAUUGAUUGACUUCGGUUGAUUGACUAAGGGUCUUUGGAGCCAGUGGCAGCCUUUCCCUCCCGGCAUCGCCCGCUUCUUCCCAAGGCCCGGGCCACCUUGGGGAGUCAGCAACCAGUUACCUAUGGAAACUGGUAGGAGAGACUCAGUGCUGCCUCCAUUCAAAAGAAUGAGAGCACUUAGUGUUCAAAUGUAAACCCUAAUUCCUUAAAAUGUAAAAUAAGAGUAUUUUAAAAAGUGCUAUCCUGCAACCACCUUUAUCGUAUUACCCAUUCUGUUGUAGGAGUUCCUCCAAGUUGGCUGGAUAGUCCAUGAGCUCCCUAAAUAUUGCACAGAAACGUGAGUCUUUACAUAAUCUUCAUAUCAAUUUUCUUAAUGUUGGGAGAGACCCCAUGCAUGGUGGGAGAGGGAGCUGCCUCCAUUCAAAAGAAUGAGAGGACUUAGUGUUCAAAUGGAAAACAUAAAUUCCUUAAAAUGCAAAAUAAGAGUUCUUCAAGAAAUGUUAUCCUGCAACAACCUCUAUUGUAUUACCCAUUCUGUUGUAGGAGUUCCUCCAAGUUGCCUGGAUUGUCCAUGACUUCCGUAAAUCUCACAUAGAAACGUAAGUCUUUAGCUUAAUCUUCAUAUCAGUUUUCUUAAUGUUGAGAUUGCAUUGUCAAGUGAUCAAUAUUUCGGUUGAACACGUUUCCUUUAAGGCAUUUUAUUUUCUCUUGGAAUCCACCAACACACUAGAAAAUGGGCCUGUCCCACUUGCCUGCUUUUCUUCUCUUCCCCUCCCCUACUGUUAUUAUUAAUUAUUGGCGUUGUAGUUACGUUAUUAAAUGCUAUCUAUGUGCUGAGCACUGGGCUAGAUACAAGAAAAGCAAUUGAGACCCAGUCCCUGGCCCGCAAGAGACCCAUAGGCAUAGAAAUAAGUUACAAAUAAUGAAAGCAAAUUUAAAAAUUCAACACUGCAAAAUUAAGACCAGUAUAAGUAGCAUUUGAGGGGGCAGCCCUCGGGCUCCUUCCCACUCCGGGCCACAGCCCCUGAUUAUGAAUGGUGACAACCUUCCCAGAUCGUAAAGGGCUUCUUUCCUGCAGAGGGACAGGAGGGGAAGGUGCCUCACUCCCUUGUGUCCCCAUGGACUCCCUAAUAUUGAUAUCUUUCAGCAAAGUGAUAGAGCUGUGUGAAUGAGAGAGAUAAAAUGUGGGUAGAUAGUGCCUGUGUAACAGAGAUUGUUUACGCAUGUAUGUGUGAGAUUGCAUGUGAGAGAAUGUGUGAAAAACAGAUUGUGAGAAAGUGAAUAUGUGUAAAUGAGGGGAGGGUGGGUGUAAGAAGCGGUCAGAAUUUCUGUUUACAUGAGCUAAAACUGGGCUUUCACUGUAAUCAAUACAAAUAAAUCA